UCCAGUUGUAAAGUGCACGCACGAGGCAAAAAUGCGCUGAGGGGAAGCUCGGUAGUUAACAAAAGAUUACCUUACGACACUGAGACACCUGAGGGGGAAAAAAACCCGCCCCGGACAAGUUCAAGUAUCCGACUGGAGAUGAAUACCAACGAUGCCAAGGAGUACCUCGCGCGGCGGGAGAUACCUCAACUAUUUGAGAGCCUGCUGACAGGUUUAAUGUAUUACCGCCCCGAUGACCCCAUCGACUACUUGGAGGGCUGUCUGAAGAAAGUCAGGGAGCUUGGAGGACCAGACAAGGUGCGGUGGGAUACCUUUGUGGGCCAGGAGAAGAAGUCCCUUCCCCCUCUCAAUGGCGGCCAAUCACGCAGGUCCCUCUUUAGAAAUGUGUUGCCCGACAGUCCCAAUUUUCCCUACAGACGGUAUGACCGCCUCCCUCCCAUCAGCCAGUUUUCCAUCGAGAGCGACUCGGACCUUUCGGAGACGGCAGAGCUCAUAGAGGAGUACGAGGUGUUUGAUCCAUCCAGACCGCGACCCAAAGUCAUCCUUGUCAUUGGUGGCCCUGGCAGCGGCAAAGGAACACAGUGCCUGAAGAUUGCAGAGCGCUACGGCUUCCAGUAUGUGUCCGUGGGCGAGCUGCUGAGGAAGAAGAUGAUCCACAACGCCACCAGCAACAGAAAGUGGAGCCUGAUCGCUAAAAUCAUCACCAACGGGGAGCUGGCACCACAGGAGACAACAAUAACUGAGAUCAAGCAGAAGAUCAUGAAGAUCCCAGAUGCUAAUGGUAUUGUCAUAGAUGGGUUCCCUCGAGAUGUCGGACAGGCCUUGUCCUUUGAAGACCAGAUCUGCACUCCUGAUCUGGUGGUGUUCCUGGCCUGCACUAACCACCGUUUGAAGGAGAGGCUGCAGAAACGAGCCGAGCAGCAGGGACGACCGGAUGACAACCCCAAGGCCAUCGACCGCCGCCUAACCAACUUCAAGCAAAACACCAUUCCUCUGGUCAAAUACUUCCAGGAGAGAGGCCUUAUUGUUACGUUGGAUGCUGACCGAGAUGAGGAGGAGGUGUUCUGUGACAUCAGCAUGACUUUGGACAACAAGAUGUUUCCGUCCAAAGAGCCUGCAGCUGGGCCCAGUGAGCUGGAUCUCAGCCUGCUGGGUGAAACCAGCAGCCUCACAGAUGUUGCUUGCAAGUACGAUGAGGUUGAAGAGGAGGAAGAGACUGGGUAUGCUGAAGGAACCACAGAAAGUUAUUGUACAGAACAGAAGAAACCAAAGGUCAUCUUCAUGAUGGGUGGUCCAGGCUCAGGGAAAUCUCUCCAGUGUGAGCGGAUGGAGGAGAGGUUCGGCCUACGUUGUGUCGCCAUGGGUGACCUGCUGUGUAACGAGCUGCAGUCUCACGGCGAAAGAGGGCGUCACCUGCGGGACAUCCUAGAGAGGGGAGAUAAGUUGCCUGAGGACACACUGCUGGAGCUGCUGUGUGAUGCGGUGGCAUCGACAGUACGGCUGGGGAAAGGUCUCGUGAUUGGUGGCUUCCCCAGAGACCUGAGACAGGCAGAGGAGUACGAGGCCAAGAUGGGGGAGCCCAGCGCAGUGCUCCUGCUGAACUGCUCAGCCGACACCAUGUCCAGUCGUCUGCAGUGCCGGGGCAGAUCCACCUCCAGCUUCCAUCCGGCCUCAGACAGAGACGGCGUCCUGCACAGGAGGGCUGAGAGCUUCUGCAGCGACAGCCGGGCGGUGGCAUCUCAUUAUGAACGCAAGAGGCUUCUGCACACAAUUGACGCUGAGAGGUCGCCAGAUGAAGUGUUUGCACGGAUCUGCCAGGUGAUGGAGACCUUCUGAUUUCUACAUUUUCCUCAACACCGCCCUGCCCCACCGCAAACUCUGCUGUAUCACUCCAAGGAGACUCACCCACACCCACCUGCACCAGACAUACGCUCAUUGACCCGUGGUAUGCAUGUCCCCAAACACUCCUAGCAGUCAGUGAAACCUCUUUCUGCUUUUGACACUGACGAAGCGCCUGGUUGUCACAUUCUGCUUCACCUACUUGCAUUGUCUCUCUCUCACAUUGACCUCUAUAUGCUGCCAACUGCCGGACCAAGGCAUAUAACUGUACUGGAAGAAAAAAAAAUACACAUUCCCUGCUGUGACUGAGAGCAUGUUUCUAGUUGAAUGUGAAAUCUCUCUGCUAUUCCUCCCCAGGAGGAGCUGGGAGAGGGUUCCCGCCAUGUUAGAAAGUGGAAAUGUCAGUGUGCGCUCAUGUUCUCAUGCACAGCAUCAUGUUUUAUAUUGUAACAAGCAUGCAAGAAUUAGAAUCAAGCUUAACUGCCUUUUGUGCGUUAAAUUUAAAAAAAAAAAGCAGAACAGAAUUAAGAGUAUUAAAGAAUAUUGCAUUUGUAUGUUUCCAAGCUCAUUGUGCAGGUGCUUGUUUUGGUAUUUAACAUUCAAUAAAGCCAGUGCAUUUGCUAAA